AUGGAUACAAUUGAGAAAGUGGAUGUUUUAGUCUGUGGAAGCGGCUCUGCUGGUCUCUCCGCGGCAACCUGGCUCGCCCGAUGUGGAAUCCGCUGCAAGGUGUUAGAACGUCGUGACGGUCCUUUGACUUUAGGUCAGGCCGACGGCGUUCAAUGCCGAACUGUCGAGAUAUUCGAAAGCUUUGGCAUCGGCGAGGAGCUUCUCCGCGAAGCUUACCAUGUUCUGGAAGUAGUUUUCUGGGCCGAUGAUGGCUCUGACGUUAUCAAGAGAACGGAUAGGACGGCGGACACUCAACCUGGCUUGUCGCACCAGCCCCAUGUCAUACUUAACCAGGCGCGUAUAAACAAGCUCUUGAUAGAGGCGAUGUAUCGAUUCAACAAACAGGAAAUUGACUAUGGUUACGACAUUAAACACCUGGAAGUUGAUAGUCAACUGGCUAAGGACCCUUCAGCAUAUCCGAUUAGAGUGAUCACCAGAAAAGGAAACAAGCUGGUACAAUUUGAGGCCAAGUACGCACUUGCUUGUGAUGGCGCCCACAGCAUUGUCCGCCGCUCUCUAAACUUCUAUAUGAUCGGUGAUAGUAGCGAUUCAGUCUGGGGUGUGAUGGAUAUAGUACCCCGGACCAACUUCCCAGAUAUCCGGAAAAAGGCUAUUAUCCGGUCCAAACUAGGUAACUUGCUAAUAAUUCCUCGUGAGGGCGACAGCUACAGUCUAGUGAGGUUCUAUAUCGAACUUCCUGCAGGAAUCAAGGCCACGGAAGUUAAGUUAGAUGAUAUACAGCGUACAGCCAGCAAAAUCCUGGGUCAAUAUGAUGUAGACUUUACAGAAACUAUCUGGUGGUCUGCUUAUCCUAUUGGGCAGCGUCACUCUGACUCCUUCCAUAAAGACUUUCGGGUUUUCUUGGCAGGCGAUGCUUGCCAUACACAUUCCCCCAAGGCUGGACAAGGAAUGAAUGUUAGCCUGCAAGACGGAUACAACAUUGGGUGGAAACUUGCCUCUGUCUUGAAAGGAUUGGCUCCCCCGUCUAUACUAGAAACGUAUGUUCUCGAGCGGAGGAAAACAGCUGUUGACCUAAUCAAAUUCGAUCGUUAUUUUUCAAAACUCUUCACAUCAGCUGGGAAAAUAUCAACUGAAGAGUUUCAGAAGGUGUUUAUUCAGUCUGGGAAAUACACAGCUGGGUUAACGGCAAAAUACGACAAGUCAUUGAUUACCUCUCAUAUAGACGAAACGCAAGAGCUUGCCACCAAUGUUGUGGUGGGAAUGAGAUUACCCAGUGCUCAGUGUGUGCGCUUCUGCGACUCGAAACCACUUCAGUUAAUGACUUCGCUAAAAUCAGAUGGCCGAUGGCGUGUUAUCGCUUUUGCAGGCGACCUCAAAUUGCCUAUUAACAAAGCUCGUUUAACUGCUCUCGGCUAUUAUCUCGCUUCACCUGAAAGCCCAGUAUAUCGUUUCACCCCUAUUGGCGGUGACAUCGACAGCCUGAUCGAAUUGAUUCUAGUAGCCUAUGGAAACCGCCAUGAAAUUGAACUUGGGCAGAUCCCCUUAUCUUUCUACCCAGUCUCUGGGGAAAAUAAAGUACGAGAUCUCCAUAAAAUUUUCUUCGACGAUGAGGGCUACGAUAAGAGCAAUGGCCAGCUGUAUAAUCACCUCGGCAUAAACCCUCAAAAGGGAUGUAUUAUCAUUGCUCGACCCGACCAAUAUGUCUCUGCUGUUUUCGGCUUGGAUAGUUACAGACAAAUCGGAAAGUUUUUUGAGGGCUUCUCAAUCCCUCAGGAUGGACAGCGGGCAUUUUCUGAAUCCAAA